AGACAAUCAUCCAACCAGUACCACAAGAGGAGGCGGAGCCGCCUGUCCUGGUUACAUCGCGUGUUAUCGCCAUCCUCUCUCACCCUUUCGUCUAGCUGAAGCCUGGGGUGCAAGCCACAAUGUCGGACUGCAGGAGGCAGUGGAAUCGGGAAGAUGAGCUACCGGUGUACUUUGCCGGACCAAUCGCCACCGGACCGAACCAGCGCAAAAGCUUCGGCAUGUUCGAAUCCGUGGAAGGGGCGUUUGAAAGCAAAACCAUCGACUUUGACAAUUAUGCAGUUGGAAGGAAAGGGGGCCGCACCCCGAGGAGCGGGAGUCAGGAGAGACUCCUGGAUAUCUGCGACUCCAGCGGCGGUGGCAAAACCUGGGAAGCCCAAAAAGGUUCACAUACCACCUCCACCGAGGGAGAACAUGGCUGUCCAGGUGUUCAGACGGGGUUCUCCUCAGGGUUGGAAACCACACACGGGAAGCUCACUGCUGUAAUCACUGAGGUACAGUGGGAAGAAACCAUCAUGUCUGGGACCAGUUGUCAACAGAACAACCUCCCCCAUGUGACGGGCAACAGCCUGCUGAUUAAAGGAGGGCGAGUCAUUAAUGAUGACCAGUCAUUUUACGCAGACGUGCACAUUGAAGAUGGCCUCAUUAGGCAGGUAGGAGAGAAUCUGGUGCUCCCUGAUGGCAUCAAAGUAAUCGAGGCCAAUGGCCGCAUGGUGAUCCCCGGUGGGAUUGACGUCAACACCUGUCUGAUGAAGCCCUAUCUCGGUGUAUGCCCCGUUGACGACUUCCUGCAAGGAACCAAAGCGGCGCUCGCUGGAGGCACGACAAUGAUCAUUGACCAUGUGACCCCUGAGGUUGGGGAAAGCUUGCUGGAGGCGUUCGAAGUCUGGCAGGAAGCUGCAGACAAGAAUGCGUGUUGUGACUACUCCCUCCACGUUGACAUCCCGCAAUGGAAUGAAACGGUUAAAGAUGAGCUGGAGAUGCUGGUGCAGGAAAAAGGUAUUAAUUCCUUCCAGGUGUACAUGGCCUACAAGGAUUUGUACCAGAUGUCAGAUUCUCAGCUAUACGACGCCUUCUCCUACUUAAAACAAAUUGGAGCUGUGGUGUUAGUUCAUGCUGAAAAUGGAGAUUUGAUUGCUCAGGAACAAAGCAAAAUCCUUGGGAUGGGAAUUACCGGACCGGAAGGUCAUCCUUUGAGUCGUCCUGAAGAGGUGGAGGCUGAGGCGGUGUUUCGUGCAAUCACCCUUGGUAACCGUGUGAAUUGUCCUGUCUACAUCACCAAGGUGAUGAGUAAGAGUGCAGCAGACACCAUCACCCAGGCCCGAAGGAAAGGGUCUGUCGUUUUUGGAGAGCCAAUCACAGCCAGUCUGGUCACUGAUGGUUCACAUUAUUGGAGCAAGAAUUGGGCCAAAGCUGCUGCUUAUGUGACAUCCCCACCUUUGAGUCCUGACCCUACGACCCCAGACCACCUCCAGACACUUUUGGCCUGUGGUGACCUGCAGGUGGUGGGCAGCGCCCACUGCGCAUUCAGCAUUUCCCAGAAAGCAAUCGGCAAAGACGACUUCACCUUAAUCCCAGAGGGCACCAAUGGAGUGGAGGAGAGGAUGAGUUUUGUUUGGGACAAAGCUGUGGCCAUGGGGAAGAUGGAUGAGAACAAGUUUGUGGCUGUCACAUCUACCAACGCUGCUAAAGUCUUCAAUCUGUACCCACGUAAAGGUCGGAUAGCGGUGGGCUCUGAUGCGGACGUCGUCAUCUGGGACCCCGACAGCACCAAAACCAUCACGUCUAAACUGCACCAGUCGUCUGCAGAACUCAACAUCUUUGAAGGUCUGGAGUGUCGCGGGGCACCAGUGCUGGUGUUGAGUCAGGGUCGGGUGGUCUAUGAGGAAGGAAAGCUUCAAGUUCAGCAGGGUACUGGACGAUUCAUCCCUCGCAAGCCCUUCCCUGAUUUUGCUUAUCAACGUUUGAAGUUCAGGGAUCAGAUUAAGGAAAAAGGGGUCGCACGUGGCAUGUAUGAUGGGCCCGUGCAUGAUGUCAUUGCUCCCCCCAAAUAUAUCACACCUUCACCUUCGGCCAAAACUUCCCCGACCUCGCACCAGCCUCCACCAGUGCGCAACCUUCACCAGUCCAACUUCAGUCUAUCAGGGGCUCAGAUUGACGACAACAUCCCUCGCAGGUCCGGCCAUCGAAUUGUAGCACCUCCUGGUGGCCGUUCCAACAUUACCAGCCUUGGUUGAACACCCUGCACACUGCACACUUAGUUUUACGGGGCUGAACGUUAUUUUUACUUUGUUCCAGCAAUGCGUCAUGCACAAAUCACACCAUAAUGAUCUGCCUUGUGAGUACACUCUGUAUGUAGAUGCACAUAAUAUUGUGAUAUACAAUCAGUAAAGUCAUUCAAAUGUCAUCAUUCACAAAGUAACUCACUAAAUGAUGGUUUACAAUCAGUAUUAUCAUCUCCUUUUCAUAGCACAACUUGCACUAAGUGAUAAGCUCCACAAGAUGGUGCUGUUGCUAUCGGCCUCUGUCUUGCUGCCGGUAUCCGCAUCCGCAUUAUCUGCACAUGAGCAAUUGAUUCAAUGUGACUUUAGAUUCUAUUGCAUGGGCAACCCUUUAAAUGUGACACUGUGGUUGUGCGCAAUUGUAUUCAGAUGCUGUUUGUAAGCUUUGAGCACUCUUUAAUGUUCAUAAAAAAAGAUAAUAUUCUAUCUGAGCAAGGCAUCAUCACAAUCACGCAGUUCCUGCAAAAUGCAAAAGGCAAUAAGCCACUGCAAUAAAUGAAAUGAUCAAUAUAGCAUGAUAGAGUCAUGCAGUCAAGAAUUGAUAUGUCUUGUAGUUUUCACUCAUGCUAGAAUUUUUUUUAAAACUGUUCUUUACAUUUUUAACGGAAAAUUUCUUUAGGCUGUUUUUACUUAAAGUUGCGUAUUUAUUAUUGUUGUUGUUGUUCUUGUUGUGUAUGGUACGAUAUUUAACAUGUUUAUGCCGCAGUU